AUGCGUAUCACGGCCAUUCCCAUAUUCUUCCUCCCCUUUCUCGCCUUCGUCCUCAUCCUCGCAUCAAACCACAUCCCAAAAGCCGGCCUGUUACCUCGCUCCCUAGACGCCAUCCUCGUCGAACCACGAGAACCCGCUCCCUCACCAACACCCACGCCCCAUGUCAAACAUCUCGACCUCCGGCAGGUUGCAGUAGGCGUUGGUGGAGCCGGUAAUGUUGCAGCGCCCGCUCAGCCGGCAGCCGUGGCACCAGCUGCAGCAGGAGCAGAGGUCGAUCCGACGGAUUCACCGACUGUAGCGGCGGGCGGGGCGGCGAGCGCGACGCCGGUUAAGAGUGGGGCGAUUGGACUGGGGACGCUGACGGGGGUGGUUGGGGUCGUGAAUCCGAAGGAUGCGAAGAAUGAUGCUGUGGGAAAUACGAUGGGUGUGGAGGUCUUGAGGAUACUGGGGUUCUGGGUGAUUGGUCUUGUUGUUGGGGGUGGGUGGAUGGGGAUUGGCAUUGCCGGAUAA